CUUCCACACCAUACCUCCACAGACCGUCGAACGAGCAACACGUGCUUACUACAAGUGUCAGUGAUAACUUACGACGUGCAAGUGACUAGCCAGUAAUCAGUGAUAUUAAGAUUUGUGAAACUUGAAAAAAAAUGGAGAAGUUAUUCAUGGUUUUGGUGCUUUUUGUGAUUGUGAGGGCGGUGGAAAACAGACAUCACCCAAAGUUUGGCAGGAGUUACGAGGAGCAUGAAGUCCCACCUCUAAAGAAAGUAUCCUGUAGCAGUGGCUCAAGCGAGAGAAGUGCGUUAAUUGAAGAUGCGCGAUGCGGAGCACCCCGAGAGGUUUUCGUUGUGCUUAAACCCAAAGCAGCUCACGAAGAGAUCCACCCGGGCGCCGUGUGGGUCAAACGCUGCGUCGGCCUCUGCGACCACGUGGGCUCGGACUCCAAAUGCGUUCCUCGCGAGACUACCAUCCGCCAUAUACCAAUAAAGAUUAGCAAUAUGAAGACUGGGAAGGAGUCGUGUUCCAUGUACGAGCUGGAGGAGCACUUGUCAUGCCAGUGCUGCACGGGCAGCCCCGAAAGCUGCGCGGCGAGUGGCCGGGUGUUCAACCCCCAACCCGAAUAUGCGGUGGAAUCGUUCUAAAUGUGCUUGCGAAGAGCGAAGACGGAUGAGAUAAGAUAUAGAGCUGCGAACAUUCUGGAAUCCGGGAAGAAAGUCGAAGCGACUAGCAGUUUGACUACAGUAGUGGCUGGGUAAAAUGGAUAACUAAAGACUUGUAAAAGUGACCUUAGUUGUAUUACCGACUGAUAUAAGUGUCUUAUAACAUAAGUAGUCUAAUUCUCAACAGUAUUAUAGAGUAGGUAAGCUAUUUAUUUCAUUAGGCUUAAUAUAUGGGGCCAAAUGGUGCUGUGAGCUCAAUAUGUUCCAAGACCUUUGGUCUGUAUUUAAUAUUUGCACCGUACGAAUGUUUGAUUGUCCGUUGUUAUGUCUGAGGUUUGAAAAGUAUUGUCUCCGUUCUGUUCAGUAUUUGUUUAUUAUAGUUAAUGGCGUAAAUAUGAUUUACGCAAUUCCUAUGUUGUGAUAUUUAUAGCGAUUCCAAUGUUAAUAGGUUUAAGAUAAUUUAAUGACUUUUACUUUAAAGUAUUCGGUCUAGUCAUAGGACAUGUACUUAAUUUAUUGUUUUGUAUGAUAUCAGGGAUUGUCUCGAUUUUUUAAAUCAGCUCUCUUUAUUGUGUAAUUUUUGUAUUUUUAAUUUUAGUUCGUGUUGGAGGCCUAGUCCUUGGUGCCAAAGGCAUGUAAUCUCAUAGAUUUAAUUUAUAUGUAUUUAAUUUAUUUGUGAAAUAUUUUAAGCUUCAGAAGCUUUAAGUGAUCGAAUCACAUUAAGUUAAGUAAGUAGGUAGUAAAUUUUUGUACUUAAAAUAAGAACGUAA